AUGGCUUCCCAACACAUUUCUAGCUUCGAAACCCAGAAUCCCGUCGAGCUCCUCGUCGCUCACGUCAUCCAAAUCCAUGCAAGCGUGUCGAAGCUCGACUCACUGAAACCUUCAAAGCAACUCAACAGCCUCCUAACUCGGCUGGUCAAACUCUGUACCCUUCCGUCCGCCAUUGAAGUCCAGACCUUGCCCCAAGAAGUUCAGGAGAUGCGCGAGAAUCUCAUCGUUUUAUGCGGCCAAGCAGAAGGGUUACUGGAGCUCGAGUUCGCAAAUUUCCUGAUCAAAACCCCCAGACCGUUAAACAACCUGAAUCUCUUCCCUUACUACGGCAACUACGUGAAGCUAGCCAUCAUAGAAAACACCAUACUCAACCAAAACGGCGUCGUGUCCCCUAAGAAGGUGGCCUUCGUCGGGUCCGGUCCCAUGCCUCUGACCUCCAUUGUUAUGGCUACCAAUCACAUGAAGACCACCCAUUUCGACAACUAUGACAUCGACGGGGUGGCAAACGACGUCGCUCGCCGGAUUGUGGCGUCAGAUCCUGAGUUCGAGAGGAGGAUGAAGUUCGUGACGUGUGAUGCCAUGGAAGUGAAAGAGAAGCUUGAAGAAUACGACGUCGUGUUCUUGGCUGCUUUGGUGGGGAUGACCAGAGAAGAGAAGGCAAAGAUUCUGGGGCACGUGCACAAGUACAUGAAGAAUGGAGGGUUUCUGGUGGUGAGAAGUGCAAAAGGAGCCAGAGCUUUCUUGUACCCUGCUGUUGAGGAUCAUGACUUGCAGGGUUUUGAGUUGCUCUCCGUUUAUCAUCCGAAUGAUGAUGUGAUCAACUCUGUUUUUCUGGUUCGUAAGCCAUUCUAAAUUUUAAUGUUUGGAUGGGCA